AUGGCCUUCCCUUUCUCACCUGGCGGGUUUCGCAACCGCAAGGAUCACGACCGAGCCUUGCAACACCAACAUCAGCGCGGUCUCGAACGCCGGCACACCGGUCCGUUCCUCAACGUCUACGGCGACGUCUGCAUGCCGCCACCACACCGGCAUUCAUGGCACGACCACCACGACACUCCAGGCAUGAGCAUCCCUUCCGACCGCUUCGAAGAGAUAAGCGACUACGACUCCUUCACCUCCACCUCCACCGACAUCCACGAUGGUCGCCAUCGCCACGGCCGCCGCAACUCUCGACACCACCCCCACCACGGCCGCUCCGGCCUCACCUUCCGCAAAGCCGCCUCCACCCUCCACGCCACCUUGGACCGCUUCUGGGACGCCUGCACGGGCAUCGAGCGCGACUUCGACCGCGAGAUGGAGACCAUCCGCCGCUGGGCACCACCCCACGUCAUCACGCGCCUCUGGAAACUCAAAAUCUCCUGGGACGGCCUGCCGCCCGAAGACACCCCGAUCCUGCACCGUCGUCCGGAAGAGGGGGCGUGGUGUUUCCGCAAUCUCGCGCGUGCGGUGCUGCGCGCGUGGGAGGAUUUGCAGGGGGCUGGAGGCCCGCCUUGGGAGGUGCUGGAGGUUACGGAGUCGGCUCUUACGCGCGGGGAGGUGGAGACGGCGUUGAGGAAGCUCGGGGUUACGGUGGGUGGGGUGCGAGAGUUGGUGCGGUUGGUGAGGGAGGAGAGGGGGAAGAUGGGGGCGUUGGUCGGGCAGGUGGAGGAUGGGUUGAGGUGUUUGGAGGGGGUGAGGGUGGUGUGGAAGACGGAAAGGGGGGAGGGCUAUAGACAUGGGCAUGGCAAUAUUCAUGAGGAGAGAGAUCGGAGGCCACCGCAUGAUCCAUUCGAUGAGCGAGACCAUGCAAGACGCAGGUAG